AUAAGCAGAGAGGAUUCUGGAAAGGUCCCUUUGUUUUCAUGUCCACAGAGAAAGCCAGAUAAAAAAAAAUUAAAUUGAAUUUGCAAAUCCCUGUGGCCCAUGUCUGAAGAACUGCAGGGGGUGGCACGCUCCGUCCUAACCUUCUUGGAUGCUGGCCUUUGUUGAGCUGUGAUUCCUAAGGCUCUCCAUCAGAUUAUGGAGCAAGAGAGCUGAAGUCAAGCACACCAGAGUUAGUCAGCAAUGACAUAUCUGUCAAGGAUUCGUGGAGGAGUGACUUACUGGGGAAAAACCACAGAAUCCCUUCUAGGGAUAUUGUAAGAACAGAUGAGGUAACUCCCAGAAGGGGCCUGGAGCUUUUCCAAACAGAGGUGCUGUGACUCUCAAAGGCAAUUCUUAUGCAAGAAGCUAAACGCAAUUAAAUGUGCAGGAUGAAAAGAUGGCCCAGGCACUGCUGGUACCCCCAGGACCUGAGAGCUUCCGCCUUUUCACACGAGAAUCUCUUGCUGCUAUCGAAAAGCGUGCUGCAGAAGAGAAAGCCAAGAAGCCCAAGAAAGAGCAAGACAUUGACGAUGAGAACAAACCAAAGCCAAACAGUGACUUGGAAGCUGGGAAGAACCUUCCAUUUAUCUAUGGAGACAUUCCUCCAGAGAUGGUGUCGGAGCCUCUGGAGGACCUGGACCCCUACUACGUCAGUAAGAAAACUUUUGUGGUGUUGAAUAAAGGGAAGGCUAUCUUUCGAUUCAGUGCCACCUCCGCCUUGUACAUUUUAACUCCGCUAAACCCCGUUAGGAAAAUUGCUAUUAAGAUUUUGGUCCACUCUUUAUUCAGCAUGCUCAUCAUGUGCACGAUUUUGACCAACUGCGUGUUUAUGACAUUGAGUAAUCCUCCGGACUGGACAAAGAAUGUAGAGUAUACAUUCACUGGGAUCUAUACCUUUGAAUCCCUUAUAAAGAUUUUGGCGAGAGGGUUUUGUUUAGAAGAUUUCACAUUCCUUCGUGACCCAUGGAACUGGCUGGAUUUCAGUGUCAUCGUCAUGGCGUAUGUAACAGAAUUUGUAAGCCUAGGCAAUGUUUCAGCCCUUCGAACUUUCAGAGUCUUGCGAGCUCUGAAAACUAUUUCUGUAAUCCCAGGUUUAAAGACCAUCGUGGGGGCCCUGAUCCAGUCGGUGAAGAAGCUGUCUGAUGUCAUGAUCCUCACGGUGUUCUGUCUCAGUGUCUUUGCACUAAUCGGGCUGCAGCUCUUCAUGGGCAACCUGAGGAAUAAAUGCUUGCAGUGGCCCCCGAGUGAUUCUGCUUUUGAAACCAACACUACUUCCUACUUCAACAGCACAAUGGAUUCCAAUGGGACAUUUGUGAAUGUAACAGUGAGCACGUUCAACUGGAAGGAUUACAUCGCUGAUGACAGCCACUUUUAUGUUUUGGAUGGACAGAAAGACCCUCUGCUGUGUGGAAAUGGCUCCGAUGCAGGACAAUGUCCUGAAGGGUACAUCUGUGUGAAGGCUGGGCGAAACCCCAACUACGGCUACACGAGCUUUGACACAUUCAGCUGGGCCUUCUUAUCUCUGUUUCGACUCAUGACUCAGGAUUACUGGGAGAACCUUUACCAGUUGACAUUACGUGCAGCUGGGAAGACCUACAUGAUAUUUUUUGUUCUGGUGAUUUUCUUGGGCUCAUUUUAUUUGGUGAACUUGAUCCUGGCUGUGGUAGCCAUGGCCUAUGAGGAGCAGAAUCAGGCCACCUUGGAGGAGGCUGAGCAGAAAGAGGCAGAGUUUCAGCAGAUGCUGGAGCAGCUGAAGAAGCAGCAGGAGGAGGCUCAGGCGGUGGCUGCAGCCUCAGCGGCAUCCAGAGACUUCAGUGGGAUAGGAGGGUUAGGAGAACUUCUGGAGAGUUCUUCAGAAGCUUCCAAGUUAAGCUCCAAGAGUGCCAAGGAGUGGAGGAACCGGAGGAAAAAAAGGAGACAGAGAGAGCACAUGGAGGGGAACCACAGAACCGAGGGGGACAGAUUUCCCAAGUCGGAAUCCGAAGACAGCGUCAAGCGAAGGAGCUUCCUGUUCUCCCUGGAUGGGAACCGGCUGACGGGCGAGAAGAAGCUGUGCUCCCCUCACCAGUCUCUCUUGAGCAUCCGUGGCUCCCUGUUUUCCCCAAGACGCAAUAGCAAAACGAGCAUUUUCAGCUUCAGAGGUCGGGCGAAGGACGUGGGGUCUGAGAAUGACUUUGCCGAUGACGAGCACAGCACCUUUGAAGAUAGUGAGAGCAGGAGAGACUCACUGUUUGUGCCGCACAGACCUGGAGAGCGACGCAACAGUAACGGCACCACCACUGAAACGGAAGUCAGGAAGAGAAGGCUAAGUUCUUACCAGAUUUCAAUGGAAAUGUUGGAAGACUCUUCUGGAAGACAGAGAGCCAUGAGCAUAGCCAGCAUCCUGACCAACACCAUGGAGGAACUUGAAGAAUCUAGACAGAAGUGUCCGCCAUGCUGGUAUAGAUUUGCCAAUGUGUUUUUGAUCUGGGACUGCUGCAACGCAUGGCUAAAAGUGAAACACCUUGUGAAUUUAAUUGUGAUGGAUCCAUUUGUUGAUCUCGCCAUAACAAUUUGCAUUGUAUUAAAUACCCUGUUUAUGGCCAUGGAGCACUAUCCCAUGACUGACCAGUUCAGCAGUGUGUUGACUGUGGGAAACCUGGUCUUCACUGGGAUCUUCACAGCUGAAAUGGUUCUGAAAAUCAUUGCCAUGGAUCCCUAUUACUAUUUCCAAGAGGGCUGGAAUAUUUUUGACGGAAUUAUUGUUAGCCUGAGUCUAAUGGAACUUGGCCUGGCAAAUGUGGAGGGAUUGUCCGUGCUUCGGUCUUUCAGACUGCUCCGAGUCUUCAAGUUGGCAAAAUCCUGGCCCACACUGAAUAUGCUCAUCAAAAUCAUUGGCAACUCGGUGGGCGCCCUGGGCAACCUGACCCUGGUGUUGGCCAUCAUCGUCUUCAUCUUCGCCGUGGUCGGCAUGCAGCUGUUUGGAAAGAGCUACAAGGAGUGCGUCUGCAAGAUCAACGAGGAUUGCACACUCCCGCGCUGGCACAUGAAUGACUUCUUCCACUCCUUCCUGAUCGUGUUCCGCGUGCUGUGUGGAGAGUGGAUAGAGACCAUGUGGGAUUGCAUGGAGGUUGCGGGGCAGACCAUGUGUCUCACUGUCUUCAUGAUGGUCAUGGUGAUUGGCAACCUCGUGGUUCUGAACCUCUUUCUGGCCUUACUGUUGAGCUCCUUUAGCUCAGACAAUCUCGCUGCUACUGAUGAUGAUAACGAGAUGAACAACCUCCAGAUCGCAGUGGGAAGGAUGCAGAAGGGAAUUGAUUAUGUGAACAAUAAGAUACGGGAGUGCUUCCGCAAAGCCUUCUUCAGGAAGCCCAAAGUUAUAGAAAUCCACGAAGGCAACAAAAUAGACAGCUGCAUGUCCAAUAACACCGGCAUCGAGAUAAGCAAGGAGCUUAAUUACCUCAAGGAUGGUAACGGAACCACCAGUGGAGUAGGUACCGGAAGCAGCGUUGAAAAAUAUGUAAUUGACGAAAAUGACUACAUGUCAUUCAUAAACAACCCAAGUCUCACCGUGACUGUGCCCAUUGCUGUGGGAGAGUCUGACUUUGAAAAUUUAAAUACGGAAGAGUUCAGCAGCGAGUCGGAACUAGAAGAAAGCAAGGAGAAAUUAAACGCAACCAGCUCUUCGGAAGGAAGCACAGUUGAUGUUGCUCCACCCCGAGAAGGUGAACAGGCUGAAAUUGAACCCGAGGAAGACCUUAAACCGGAAGCUUGCUUUACUGAAGGGUGUAUUAAAAAGUUUCCCUUCUGCCAAGUAAGUACAGAAGAGGGCAAAGGGAAGAUAUGGUGGAAUCUCAGGAAGACCUGCUAUAGCAUUGUGGAGCACAACUGGUUCGAGACCUUCAUUGUCUUCAUGAUCCUCCUCAGCAGCGGCGCUCUGGCUUUUGAAGAUAUAUACAUUGAGCAGCGAAAGACCAUCAAGACCAUGCUGGAGUAUGCUGACAAGGUCUUCACCUACAUCUUCAUCCUGGAGAUGCUUCUCAAGUGGGUGGCCUAUGGGUUUCAAACCUAUUUCACCAAUGCCUGGUGCUGGCUGGACUUCCUGAUUGUUGAUUUUCAUUUCUGUCUGCAGGUUUCUCUGGUUAGCCUGGUAGCCAAUGCUCUUGGUUACUCCGAACUUGGCGCCAUCAAAUCCCUGCGGACGCUGAGAGCGCUGAGGCCCCUCCGAGCCUUAUCCCGCUUUGAAGGCAUGAGGGUGGUUGUGAACGCUCUUGUUGGCGCAAUCCCCUCCAUCAUGAACGUGCUACUGGUGUGUCUCAUCUUCUGGCUAAUCUUUAGCAUCAUGGGUGUGAAUCUGUUUGCUGGAAAGUUCUAUCACUGUGUUAACAUGACAACAGGCAACAUGUUGAACGUGAGUGAAGUCAACAAUUUCAGUGAUUGCCAAGCUCUUGGCAAGCAAGCCCGGUGGAAGAACGUGAAAGUCAACUUUGACAACGUGGGGGCGGGCUAUCUGGCGUUGCUGCAAGUGGCCACAUUCAAAGGCUGGAUGGAUAUUAUGUAUGCAGCUGUUGAUUCGCGGGAUGUCAAACUCCAGCCUGUAUAUGAAGAAAAUCUGUAUAUGUAUUUAUACUUUGUCAUCUUCAUCAUCUUUGGGUCGUUCUUCACUCUAAAUCUGUUUAUCGGUGUCAUCAUAGACAACUUCAACCAGCAAAAGAAGAAGUUUGGAGGUCAAGACAUCUUUAUGACGGAAGAACAGAAGAAGUAUUACAAUGCAAUGAAGAAACUCGGCUCCAAAAAACCCCAGAAGCCCAUCCCUCGGCCUUCGAACAAAUUUCAAGGGAUGGUCUUUGACUUUGUAACCAGGCAAGUCUUUGACAUCAGCAUCAUGAUCCUCAUCUGCCUCAACAUGGUCACCAUGAUGGUGGAGACUGACGACCAGAGCAAAUACAUGACCCUGGUUUUGUCCCGCAUCAACCUUGUAUUCAUCGUCCUGUUCACCGGGGAGUUUGUGCUGAAGCUCAUCUCCCUCCGAUACUACUACUUCACUAUUGGUUGGAACAUCUUUGACUUUGUGGUAGUCAUUCUCUCGAUCGUAGGCAUGUUUCUGGCCGAGCUGAUAGAGAAGUACUUUGUAUCCCCUACCCUGUUCCGAGUCAUCCGCCUGGCCAGGAUUGGCCGAAUCCUACGUCUGAUCAAAGGUGCCAAGGGCAUCCGCACGCUGCUCUUCGCUCUGAUGAUGUCCCUUCCCGCGCUGUUCAACAUCGGCCUCCUGCUUUUCCUGGUCAUGUUCAUCUACGCCAUCUUUGGGAUGUCCAACUUUGCCUACGUUAAAAAGGAAGCUGGAAUUGAUGACAUGUUCAACUUCGAGACUUUCGGCAACAGCAUGAUCUGCCUGUUUCAAAUCACCACGUCGGCAGGCUGGGACGGACUGCUGGCCCCCAUCCUCAACAGUGCGCCUCCUGACUGUGACCCGGAUGCUAUUCACCCUGGAAGCUCGGUGAAGGGGGACUGUGGGAACCCAUCUGUGGGGAUCUUCUUUUUUGUCAGCUACAUCAUCAUAUCCUUCCUGGUUGUGGUGAACAUGUACAUCGCUGUCAUCCUGGAGAACUUCAGCGUUGCCACAGAAGAAAGCGCAGAGCCCCUGAGUGAGGAUGAUUUUGAGAUGUUCUAUGAGGUCUGGGAAAAGUUCGACCCCGAUGCCACUCAGUUCAUAGAGUUCUGCAAGCUCUCCGACUUUGCGGCUGCUCUGGAUCCUCCCCUUCUCAUCGCAAAGCCAAACAAAGUCCAGCUCAUCGCCAUGGAUCUGCCCAUGGUGAGCGGAGACCGCAUCCACUGCCUGGACAUCUUAUUUGCUUUUACAAAGCGUGUCUUGGGGGAGAGUGGAGAGAUGGAUGCCCUUCGAAUCCAGAUGGAAGAUCGGUUCAUGGCUUCCAAUCCCUCCAAAGUCUCCUAUGAACCGAUCACCACCACUCUGAAACGCAAACAAGAGGAAGUAUCUGCUGCCAUUAUUCAGCGCAACUACAGAUGCUAUCUUUUAAAGCAAAGGUUAAAAAACAUAUCAAGUAAAUAUGACAAAGAGACAAUCAAGGGGAGGAUUGACCUGCCUAUUAAAGGAGAUAUGGUGAGUGACAAAUUAAAUGGGAAUUCCACUCCAGAAAAGACAGACGGAAGUUCCUCCACCACCUCUCCUCCUUCCUAUGAUAGUGUGACAAAGCCAGACAAGGAAAAGUUUGAGAAAGACAAACCAGAAAAAGAAAGCAAAGGGAAAGAGGUCAGAGAAAAUCAAAACUAAAAAGAAACAGAGAAAUGUCUUUGUAAUCAAUUGUUUACAGCCUCUGAAGGUAACACGUAUGUGUCAACUGGACUCCACGGAGAGGUCCAUGCCAAACUGACUGUUUCAACAAAUACUGAAGGUCAGUGCCUAUACCAGACAGUGGCCUCUCUGUCGCCGCCACUCUGUGAGACAGGGUAUCAACAUUGACAAGAGGUUGCUGCGCCCACUACCAGCUGACCCUGCUGAGAACUCCCUUGUGAAAGUGACCAUGAUACCACCACCAAACACCGUUAGUACAGCACUCCCAUCGGCUCUAUUUUUAACAUCCACAUUUGCCGUAUUUUUACAAAAUCUGUCCCAGGGGAUCUUCCUGGUCCCUGAUUCAUAGUCUGUUCAUAACACUAUGUCACUAUUUUUGUAAGUGUCGUUUACGUUAAGGGAAAAAAAUAUAUAUAAGAAGCCUGUGUUCUUAAGUCCACAGAUUUCUCCAGUAAUCAUAAAAAAAAUAUUUUGCCUGAGAGAUAAAGUUAUUGCUCAAAACUAAUUCUAAUGUUAACAGUUUCAAAUACUUCUACUUUCUGGAUGGCGUUAACUUACAAGUAUUUUAGUCUGUUAUGUUUGUUUAUACUGGAGCAGUUAUGUGCCUGUAAAGUCUCCACUAAUGUUUGAAAGAUUAUUUUUAUGCAAAAUAUUUUGUUUCAAUAAGUGCAGAUUGUAUUCUAAGUUUCAGAGUUCUAUAUUUAAGUUUGGUUAAAUGACCCCAUCCCCACACAAAGUUAUCUAAUCUUUCUGUUCUAGAAAAAUCUAUCCAAAGUACCCCUUUGGAGUAGUUGUUUCACUUCCUGUGGCAGUAUUCCUUUGCCAUCUUCUGCUCUCAGCAAAACUGACAGUUUGUGUCAAUUAAAUACCCUCUGUUAUGUAAAUAGUUAUUUUAUCCUGUGGUGCAUGUUUGGGCAGAUAUAUAUAUACAUAUAUAUAAACGUAUAUAUAGCCUAAUACACAACUUCUAUUAAAUCAAAUAUGUACCACAGUGUGUGUGUCUUUUGUAAGCUUCAAACAGGGAGGUAUCUUGUACCAUUCAUCCCACAGAAAUAGCUGGAAGGCUAUCACUAAUGCAUGUUAAUAUUGCCUAAGCUGCUCUAAUUUAAUCAACCCAUUUAUCACACGUUUUGGUAAGAAGAGUCACAUGUUGGUGGUAGAAUGAAUUUAAUCUGCUCUCUGUCUACCUGUCAAGAAAAUCUCAUUGAUAUUAUUUUAAAACACCUUUAUUUUUGCAUUGUUAAAUCAACUUGAGUAUCACAAUGUGUCUUUAUUAAUUUCAAGGAGACACACUGUAUAGGGCCUCUCACUAAAACCUAUACUUCAUAGUUUCUGGAAAAAAAAAGUCCAAAAUUUGUUUAAAUAUAAAUAAUGUAAAAUAUAUCAGUUUUCUUUGUCAGCAUUUGUACAUAAGAAAAUUAUUUUCAGGUUGAUGACAUGGCAAUUUAUUUUACCUUAUCCUUUGCUUUUUAUUUUUAAUCAAAAUUCCAAACUUUUGCAUCCAAAAAACUUUUCAGCAGAUAAUUUCCUAAAAUAAAAGUUAGACAAUGGGUUUUGUGGAUUUCUUUGUUAUAAUAUAUUUUCUACCAUUCUAAUAAGAGAUAUGUUGGUCAAAAUCUCUAACCCUGACCAUUUUCUACCUACUCUGGUUACCUGCAGAUAAUCCUUCACUCAUGGAAGUUUGUUUUUUUUAACUCAACUUUUGUAGUAUUUGCAUAUGCAGACUAGGCUUAUUUUUUUAAAUCCUGCUGCACUAAAGCUAUCAUGGAUAUAACAUGGGCUCUGUCCUUUUUAGCCUGGAACAAAGUGACAAAGUUGUACAAUUAUCUAACAUGAUAUAAUUCUUUUUUUUUUGUUGGUUUUUUUUUUUUUGCACAAACCGAAAGUUUAAUGUUCAUCCCUUUUACAAAACUAUUUACUGUAGUAUACUGAUGAACUGCAUGCAGGGAAUUGCUACUCCUAAAAGAAUGGUGAGCUACUUCAUUAUUGAGCCAAAAGAAUAAAUAUUUCCUUUUUUUUUUUUACUAUAUCUCAUUUGUUGGACUGAGUUUUUUAUUACUAUUAUUAUUGGCAGGUAAAAAUAUACACAACCAAUGAAAACCUGUAUUUGAUUUGACAUUUGUACGCAUAAAAGUUCACAUGAGUUUUGUAACACCCUGUUACAUGAUCU